AUGAGCGUGCGAGCGGAUUCAGGGGAUGUCGUCCGGCUAAUCUUGCAGUUCCUCAAGGAGCAGUCGCUCUUCAACGCCAUGCACACACUUCAGGAGGAGGCCCAAAUAUCGCUCAACACGGUAGACAGCAUUGAGGCCUUCACCUCAGACGUCACGCACGGUCGUUGGGACUCGGUGCUGCGCACGGUGGGCACAUUUGCCCUCCCGCAGCCUCUCGUCAUCGAUCUCUACGAGCAGAUUGUGAUUGAGAUGAUCGAGUUGAAGGAGAGUGAGACGGCGCGAGCGAUGCUGCGCGACACGGCGCCUAUGGUGCUCCUCCGCAACAAGGACCCCGAGCGAUACCUCAGGCUGCAGCGACUGAUCAACAAACCCUUCUUCGAUCACCGCGAUGCCUACCCCGAUGGCUCCAACAGAGAGAAGCGACGUGCCGUCAUCGCCAAAGCUCUUGUGGCCGAGGUGCAGGUGGUACCGCCAUCGCGCCUGAUGGCCCUCAUCAAUCAGGCGCUCAAGUACCAGCAGCUCCAGGGCCUGCUGCCGCCCGGCUCGGAGCUCGAUCUGUUCCGAGGCACCACCGCCGCCCAGCAGGAAGAGGAAGAGACCUUCCCCACGCAGCUCGAGAAGAUAAUUAAGUUCGGAGCCAAGUCGCACGCCGAGGCGGCCGCGUUCUCGCUCGACGGCCAGUCGUUGGUCACGGGAAGCGUGGACGGCUUCAUCGAGGUGUGGGACUGGGUCACCGGCAAACUCCGCAAGGACCUCCAGUACCAGGCCGAGGACAAGUUCAUGAUGCACGCUGAGUCGGUGUUCUGCGUGAACUUCAACAAGGACAGCGAGCUCCUCGUUACGGGCAGCCAGGAUGGCCAGGUGAAGGUUUGGCGUAUGGCGACGGGCAAGAGCCUGCGCAAGUUCGAAAAGGCCCACGUCGAGGGUGUCACUUGCGUGUGCUUCGCCGACGAUUCUUCACACAUCCUCUCUGGCUCCUUCGACCACACCAUCCGGAUUCACGGUCUGAGGUCGGGCAAAACGCUGAAGAUCUUCCGAGGCCACUCCUCCUACGUCAACGCUGCCAUCUACUCUGAAGAUGAAAACUACAUCAUCUCGGGCAGCAGCGAUGGACGGCACAUCACCGAGCUCACCUCCAUCCACUCGCUUCUCCUCUCUCCGCUCAAUCCCGAGUACAUCAUCGUCGGCAGCAAAUCCAACACCGUCCACCUCAUGAACCUGAAGGGCAAGGUGAUCAAGUCCUACUUCUCGGGGAAGAAGGACGUGAUCUUCCUCAAGUGCAUUACAAGCAAGAAGGGCGGCUUUAUCUACGCUGUGGGCGAGGACAGGCACCUCUACUGCUUUAACGCCAACACGGGCAAUCUUGACUACACUCUGAUGGACCUGCACGAGAAGGAGGUCAUCGGUCUGGCCCACCACCCGCACAAGAACCUCAUCGCCACCUUCGCCGACGACGGCCUGCUGAAGCUGUGGAAGGGCGAAAAAUGA